AUGCGACUUGCACGUAACGUCGAAGAACAGAAGACGGACAGUGCAGAAAAAUUGUACCCAAUGCGUUGGCUUUUGGUGCUGAAUUUUAUUGAAUUCAACAUUGAUGUCUGUCAUUACCCAGUGAAAGUCUUAGCAGUUUACCAGUCUUCCAGGAAUAUCGGGAAAGAGGUUAACAUUACAAAUGCUACAACGUUCAACCUUUAUGAUGAAGGGCCUUUCAGGAUUUCUGCGUAUAAUAAGUUAUUUGCUGUUGGCUGUAACACCUCUUCCCAAUUUCAGAUGCAUAUGGGCAAUACAUCCCAAGAAACGCUUUUUUCGGGCUCCUGCACAUCUAAGUGUGGCUAUACUCCAACACUCAGACAACUGCCCUGCACAGAGAACAGGUGUUGUCAAAUGGCGGUUCCUGGUGGUUACACAAGAAUUAGCCUCGCUGCACGAUUCCACUCUUCCUAUGGAUCGUACAAUUGUAGCAAUUCGACAUCCGCUAUAGUCGAUACAGGUAGCUGGGAUUCGAUUUCCAAUUCAACGUCCUUCAAAGCUACGAAGGAUUUUUCUUUGAGGGUGGCCUGGGCUAUUCUAAAUGACACAUGCUUCUCGGCUCGAAGAAAAAGUUCAUACCAGUGUUCUCCAAACACGGAGUGUGAAAACAGAAUGUGGGGUUAUGUUUGCAAGUGUAAGACUGGCUAUGAAGGAGAUGGAUACAGCAGCGGCACGGGAUGUAAAGGGGUAUUUGGGACACUUAUAGCUGUGUUACUCGACGGUGGCAGUCUCUUCUGGAUUUUGAAGCUAAGAAAAUCCAAGCGCGACAAGGAAAAGAACUUCAAAAAGAACGGAGGGGAUCACUUGGAAAAACUAAUUUCAUCGCGAGGAGGAGUAGAAGGCGUGAAACUCUUCUCUUUGAAUGAGAUUGAGAAAGCGACAAAUAAGUUCUCUCAGAAUUUGAUUUUGGGAUCUGGUGGCUACGGUGCCGUUUACAAAGGCACUCUCAGCAAUGGACUUGUUGUGGCUGUCAAGAGGUCAAAGCAAGUUGAUUCCAAACAGAUCGACCAGUUUAUCAAUGAAGUUUGUAUUUUGAGCCAGAUUAAUCACAGAAACGUGGGGAAGUUACUGGGCUGCUGCCUGGAAACUUCGGUUCCUCUGCUGGUUUAUGAAUACAUUUCCAAUGGAACAUUGUUCGAUCAUCUGCAUGGCAACAAGCAAAAGCAGCAGCAAAUUCCAUGGGAGAAGCGCCUGUGCAUAGCCAUUGAGACCGCAGAAGCUUUGUCAUACUUGCACUCUGCAGCGUCAAUACCCAUUGUCCACAGAGAUGUCAAAUCUUCAAACAUUUUACUGGAUAAUGAUUGUAAUCCAAAAGUUGCAGACUUCGGAAUGUCUCGUCUAGUGCCGAUGGGACAAACGCAUAUCACUACAGUUGUGCAGGGAACUCUGGGUUAUUUGGAUCCUGAGUACGUUCAGACAGUUCAGCUUACAGAGAAAAGUGAUGUGUACAGCUUUGGGGUUGUUCUGGCAGAGCUUUUGACGGGGCUGAGACCUGUUUCGUAUGAAAGGAUGGAUAACCACAGCAACUUGGCCAUAUAUUUCCUUUCCACUGUAAAUACGAUGGGUUUUGGGGAAAUCAUAGAUCCUCGUCUUGAUGUGAAAGAAGGUAAAAACAGGGAGUCGAUGAGAAGAGUGGCGGCGCUAGCGAAAGAAUGCCUUAGCGUUGAAGGGGAGAAGAGACCUUCGAUGAAAGAGGUGGUUCAGGAACUGCUUUGGAUUAAAGAAGGCGAAAGACUGCAUGUGUGGGUGAAUAAUGAUGCAGCCGGCAAUCCGGAAGAAGUGAUGGAGCUAAUAGUUGGUGAGGAAGAAAGAAGAGAGGGAAUUAGGGCCGCUUAUUCAAUAACAGAGCAGUGUAGUUCCUCAUUUAGCAUUGAAGGGCUCGGAAUUGGCAUGAGAUGGGGAAGAUAAGUUAUG